AUGAUGCUGUCGAGAGUUCAAGGGGCUUCAAAUGUGUGUUUCACAAAAAGGCAUUUAACAAUAGUGACUUCUACUAAGAAUGUUUUGGGAGGGUGUUUUAAAACUUUGGGAAAAGAAAUAGAUUUUAUUAGAAUACAUGGCCCUACGGCUGAUGAGGUGACAAGAGACGUGGAUCUGACGGAUAAGACUUGUUUGCUAACGGGCGCCAGUGGUGGCAUUGGGCUGGAGAUGACGCGCUGCUUGUUGGCUCGCAACUGCACGACACUGGCGGUGUGCCGCAACCUCUACGAGGCCGGGGGCGCCCUCAGGAGCACCUGCGAUAAUCAACAUCUCCUCCGCUUGUAUAAAACAAACCUUGCAUCCCUGAAAUCUGUCAAAAACACCUCGGACGAAUUAGUGAAAUUAGACAGGAAAAUCGAUAUAGUUAUUUUAAAUGCUGGAGUGUUUGGUUUGCCGUGGACUAUUACAGAAGAUGGUUUGGAGACUACUUUCGAGGUCAACUAUUUGAGCCAGUAUUAUCUAUUGACGAAUAUUGAAAAUAUGCUGGCACCCGACGCGCGUGUAGUGUUCGUGUCGUCGGAAUCGCACAGAAACAUAAAGUGGUCUUUGAACAAUAUACUGGCGCCGACUAUAGAUUCGCUCUCCCUGCCGAAAGACGAGUACACUUCAAUCAGGGCUUACAAUGUUUCAAAGCUGUGCGGCAUUUUAGCGAUGCAUUAUUUGGGCUACCGUUGGUUGAACACAAGCAAACAAGUUUUCUGUGCACACCCUGGGUCUUUUGUGAAAACAAAGCUAUGUCGCAACUGGUGGGUGUAUGAAGCCCUCUAUACUACAAUGAAGCCUUUCUCAAAGACGAUCGCUCAAGCCGCCAGCACUCCAUUGUAUUGUGCAACUUCGCCGGAAUUAAAAGGGCUUUCAGCUUUGUACUUCAAGGACUGCAAAAGGUGCGAGGAAAGCGAACUCGCGAAGGAUUUCCAAUUGGCGUUCCGGGUGCAAGAUCUCACGUUUGAGCUACUGCGCAAUAGGACCGCUCCAGUCAUGGAGACAUUGUCCCAAUACCGGGAACAAAGCAAAGAUACAGAAAACGAGACGCUCGUUUCGAAUUACUCGGGUUAG